GCCAAUUGUUGGUCUGCAAAUACGUCGUACGGAUAAGAUCAACACCGAGGCAGCAUUCCAUAGCCUGUCUGAGUACAUGAAAUGGGCUGAAGACUGGUUUCGGAUUGAGGAAUAUCGUACGGGUGUACCCAUUCAUCGACGCAUCUACGUUGCAACCGAUGAUCCUGGCGUUCUUCAAGAAGCAACCAAGACGUACCCGGCUUAUGAAGUAUAUGGUAAUGUGACGAUUUCCAGUACAGCUAAGGUUUCGUCACGUUAUACUGCGGAAUCGCUAACUGGUGUUGUGAUUGAUAUCGAACUGCUGGCAAGGUACGUGUUUUUCCGUUCAAAGUAUGUUUUGGCUUUGUGGCCUUGUGUUCUAUCAGAGCCGUUUUUACUUGUGUGA